AUGGAUGAAACGUGUCAUUUGCUGAAGGGAAAUGGUUCUGUCUCAUCACCAACUGUUCUCAUUAACGUGGGAGGACGAAGAGCAAGGCUGUCACACGAAAUGAUAGCUCGCCUUCUGGACGACUGCAGGCUGUCAGCGUUUUGCCGCAAGUCGCAUAUCGAGAGAUUGACCGAUUGCGAUGCCUAUUUUGAACACGCCGACGAGUACUAUUUCGAGCGGAGUCCAGUAAUCUUCGAGCUACGCUACGAGUUGGAGUACUGGCGGAUUCCCGUGCACUUCCUCUCGCCUUGUUGCACUCUCGAAGAUAACAGCAGCAUCAGCAAGAAGAUAAAUGAGAAGAUUGCUCGCGAGUCCAUCUGCCCUCCGUCGUCGUUCGAAAAAGUCUGGAUAGGACAGAUACGGUAUUACCUCUACCGGUUACUAGAGAAUCCGCAAUCAUCCCUGGCAGCAAAAGUGUUCUCUAUCGUCUCUGCUUGUUUUGUACUGUUUUCUCUACUAGGUUUGAUUCUAAGUUCAAUGCCCGAACUGCAGGAUGAGCAUAAGGAACCACAUCUGGUUCUGCAAUGGCUAGAGAUGUGCUGUAUGGCGUAUUUCACUGCUGAGUAUCUUGCACGAUUUUCCGUUAACCCAAUGAAGGCUAAAUUCGUGCGUUCACCUCUCAAUGUGAUUGACGUGCUGACCAUUCUUCCAUUCCUCAUCGAAAUGUUCAAUGAAUUGCAGUGGAUGAAAAACUUUCGAGGAGCAAUGUUAGUGGUUCGAGUUAUGCGGUUAGCUCGAGUGGCCAGAAUCUUCAAGCUGGCUAGGUACAGCACUGGUUUACGAGCGUUUGGUGAGACGAUGAAGAAGAGCGCCGCAGAGCUGAGCAUGCUCGGCAUGUUCUUGCUCACAGGAAUUAUGCUGUUUUCGACUGCUAUUUAUUUCUUUGAACGAGACGAACCAAACUCGAAGUUUUACUCUAUUCCUGCGGCCUGCUGGUGGUGUAAUGUGCGAAACGUCGGCGAAGUGUGUAAAUAA